UUCUUGAGUAUCACACUGGACACUGUUGUGACGGUGGGACGUCGUCUUUGGCUGAACGGCAGGUCGAACAGCAGCGAAACAGUUAACGGUAGUUUGCGACAGUUGUUCUGACAGACCCUCUGAGGAGUAACAAGUGCUCACUGUUCACAAGUUUACUUUUAACUUGCGAGAGGUUGUUUUUACACUCCAAACCUUCUUUAGCGAUUUUUGGAUUGCGAAUACUUUCGUUUAAAUUGAGUUUAACGCAUUUUAACGAACUUUUGAAGCUCGGUUUUGAGAGCAAUACCGUUCUCCAAAAAAAUGUGCUAAAGCGGAGCCAAUCCGAGCGGAUCAUCAGGAUGACGGAGCCGGUACAGCAGACCCAUCACCCCAAGACUCCGGGCAGCCCAUCAGGUGGGAGCGCCGUGGACGCGUUGGAGCAUCUCCCAGCCAGGAACCCUGCUAGACCCGAGAACGGCAACAGGGGGCGACAGAGAGACCCGAAGCGGCAGCAGCAGCAGCAGCACAGUGGAGAUGUCAACACAGACAAGUUGUGGCAAAAGAAAGGCGGACAGAGGGGGGUGUGCGCUUCCUUCGCAGCCGGAAACGUGUUGCCAAAGUGCCCGAACGCGGCGCAGCCGCUGCAGAAACCCGACGGCCUCGCUGCGAUCCACGACCCGCGGGAGAAGAACGGCGAAGACGGGCCGCCGGAGGGGACUCUGAACCCGGCGCCCGAGGACGGUCACGUCGACUCGGACACCGGCUUCGAUGCGCGCCUGGGCAAGAAGAGGCACCGGCGCAGGGCCUCCAAGAAGAAGCGCAACUGGAAGCCGUAUUACAAACUCAACUGGGACGAGAGGAAAGCGCUGGAGGAGAAGGAGACGGCCAGGGCUUCCCGGCUGAGGGAGGAGAUGUUUGCCAAGGGGCUCCCCGUGGCCCCCUAUAACACUACCCAGUUCCUGAUGGACGAGCACGACCGAGUGGAGCCCGACCUCAACACCGAGUCCGGGGUCAGGCGCCCCUCGGGGGUCGGCGGCCGCGCGGAGGACACCGGCAGCGAGGAGGACCUGUUCGACAACACCAACGAGGAGGAGGAGGAGGACGACGGCAGCGGCGGAGGAGGAGGCAGCGACGGCAUCGGGAGACCCGGGAACGCGGGCGGCGAGUUUCUCCAGAGGGACUUUUCCGAGACCUACGAGAUGUACCACGUCGAGAGCCUGCAGAAUAUGACCAAGCAGGAGCUGGUGCAGGAGUACCUGGAGCUGGAGAAGUGCAUGUCCCGGAUGGAGGAGGAGAACAACCGGCUGAGGCGCGCCGCGGAGCCCGGGGGUGUGACCGCGGAGGGCUCCCUGGUCCGGCUCCGGGAGCUGGAGCGGGAACUGGAGAGACUGAGGGCCCAAAACACGCAGCUCCUUCUGCAGAGCCAGCCGAGCGAGGACCGGGGCCAGGUCGGAAGCAAUUAAAGGACACGUUUUAAAGAUAAAACAAAGGUAAAAUAUGGGACUGCUGCAUAAACGUACAACAACAA